CUAGUGUCCCUCGUCGCCUGCGCUCCAACGUCGCAGGAUGUCGUCGUGCACGGACUUGUUGCGCCUGAACGAGAAGGGGCUGUUCAAGGAUAUCAAGGCGAGCCUAACGAGUGGCGUCAAGGAGACGCGGAACAUCCUCGAGAUACGCGACAACGUGCUGUACAUGUGGAAUGCCGACAAGUGUUGCGUGCACGCGCUCAACGUCGCGGCGACCCGUGGCAAGCUCGACGAGGACAUCCCUUAUCAGACGCUCCAACCAACGGAUCCGCCAAUAUUUGAGGUCACAAACGUACUGAUAAACGAGACAGCAACGCAACUGGCGCUAUGGGGCAAACUUGGCAUCGCUCUCGUGGAAUUACCGAAACGAUGGGGCAAGGACACCGUUUACGAAGGCGGGAAAGAAGAGAUUCUUUGCACAAAUCAUAAUUUCGGCGACUUUGAAGCAACCACAGAGAUUCAACGAGUACGAUGGCACCCGGGUUCUACGAAUGAUUCUCAUCUAUUGAUUCUGACAUCUGAAAAUUCUUUCCGUUUAUAUGAGUGCGAACUAGGCGGUCCACCACGACUCGUAAAAUGUUGGAAGGUCGGCCGCGCGCCAUCGAGCUCACCCUCAAAGAUCCCAGACUUUACAUCCCUUGGCGAAACUGCAGUGGACUUUGAUUUUGCUACUCCUACCCUGAAGAAACCUGAAAUGUUCACCGAUAAGAGCCUCAAUGAGAUAAAAGAAAAGAUAGACUGGAAUCAAAUCGAAUGGCCAAUCUUGGUGCUCCGUGGAAAUGGCGAAGUGCUAAUCGUUCGUGGAAACGUUUUAUUGGAGAAUUACGAGAAUCCAGUAGUAUUGGGUUCACUGUCCAUGUAUCCGUCGACUGAUGAUAAUUACGGAAUAGAUUCAUGCUCUAUCAUGUGCCUGCAAACUACCCCGCCGAUAGUGGUCAUCGCCAUGUGCACCGGAAAGAUUUAUCAUGCGAUAUUGCUGCGCGAAAUAUCAGACACCGACGAUGACGACGACAGAAAGACUUGGUCCCAGUAUGGUUCAAAUUAUAGUCUUCAUACGCCGGAUGAUGCGCUUUAUGUCUACGAGUGUGUCGAACUGGAACUAGGUCUUCUCUUUACGGAUGACGAUAAAAAAUAUAACUGUCCCAUUCAUCUUCACUGUGAUAAGGGCAAUAAAUCAAGAUAUUUUUGCUCUCAUAAUGCUGGGAUUCAUGUAGUGAGUUUACCGAUGGUUUCUCAAUUGGAGGAGUUUAUUUAUGAUAACGGCGGAAAUUAUUUACCAUCCUUGCUAAAUCAAUCAAUUUUGCAAUACCUAUUUUCUACGAGAACUAAACAUACGAAUGUGGAUGAAGCUACGCCGAUACUUGGUUUUGGUCUUCUCCAAGAACCCUGUGUUCUAGUUGCAUUGCUACACACAGGUGUUGUCAUCGAUCUUUCCGUUAUAGAUCUUUAUUAUCUUCCAAGAAUCGAGCAAUUAGAACCCGUCACGAAUACUAUGACAAAGGUGAACAAGGAACCAUUCGACGAGUACAUCAAGAAAUUACUCAGACGCGAAAUAUCGCAACCUAUAACCAAGAUAGGAUCUCGCUCAAUGUCCUUAAACGAAUCUUUAGAGUUGUUAUAUCACGCCACAAAUAUCUUCCGUACUCAAAAUUUCGUCCGACACGACAAAGUUCGGGAUGAGAUCAGUAAAAAGGUUCGCGCUUUGAAAGCUUUAAAAAGUCAUUUAUUAAAAGAACUUGAUACUUUGACAGAAACGAAAAAAGAAUUACGACAAACCGCCGAACGUUUGGCCGAAAGAUACGAAGAGAUUAACGAUAAACAGAAAGAAUUAGCACGUAGAGCAGAGGAAGUUUUGAGAUUAGUAAAUUACAAAGAACCUUUAAUGACAUCUAUCGAGAAAGCAGAAGCGGAAGAAUUGAAGAAAAUGGACGUAAAGAUACGUGACAUGCAAGUUCGACUUGAACAACUCAAGAAAAAGUCCACUCAAACUGUACACACAAAUGGUAUCGAUUCUGAUGGGAACAGGAAAGAAAUUGUUUUCACACGCAAUCAAGAAGAAGCGACAAAGGAAAAUCUUUCUCAAAUGGCGAAGAACAUAAAGAAUUUGGUAGAUCAAGUAAAGCAGAUUAAAGCGGAAAUUAGUCUUUCAUAUAUUAGCAAACAGUAAUAGCAAAUAUUUUUAAUAUCUAAAAAUUAAUAAUUUUUUAUUUUAUUUUACAAAUUUGUGUAUAAUAAAAGAUAAUGUGCUAAACUUUUUAUGAUCCUAUACCUCAAAAAAAAUUUCUAAUUAAUAUACAAAUUACUUAUUUACCUUAUAUUUAAUUAUUUUAUCAGAAUGAAUUUGCUAAGAUCCAACAUGCUCAUGUAUAUGUUAUGUAUAAUGUAUGUGUAUAAUAUACAAAAAUCUAUUUAUAAUAAAAA